CUGUUUGUGAUGUAAAACAAUGGCAAGUCCUGAUUUAGAAAAUCUUUAACAAACAGACCUGAUUUGACAAAGAUUGAUGCUUUUAUAUUAACCUGCAGAACUUCUAAUGAUUCAGCAGACUGCAUUAGACUCCAGCAGAUUUAUGUUUUGAUCGUGUAAAAACUGAAGAGGUUUUCCAGAAUCUGCGUGUCCCAGCAUCCUUUGCGCUGGAGUGGAUAAUCACAGACCUGUGUGAGUUUGUAAAGCUCCUCACAAAUCCUCUUAAAGAUUCCACAGUGAGAAGAAGCGGCACAUCGUGGAGGCUGUGAACAGUGGAUGAUCUGUGAGCGCAAUGCAGAGUCCAGACAUGAACGGAUUCGCCGGAGUCACAGCGCAGUCUUCACAAAUAAACGGUCAUGGCUCACUGUCUCCAGAUGUUCCUGCCAAAAGGAUGGGUGGUAAAGCUCUGUACGGAACAGAUGGAGUGUAUUUCCUCCACACCUCUGCCAAACACAAAAAGAAAGAGCAAAGGAAGAACUACACCAAAAACAGCAUCAACAGCCUGACGGACACGUCACAGUACCAUGUGGAGCAUCUGACCACGUUUGUGAUGGACCGUAAGGAGGCGAUGCUGACCAUCGAGGACGGCAUCAGGAAGCUGCGUCUGCUGGACGCUAAAGGCAAGGUGUGGACGCAGGACAUGAUCCUGCAGGUGGACGGGAAAGCAGUCAGCCUCAUCGACAACGACAGCAAGAACGAGCUGGAGAACUUUCCUCUGGCCUCGAUCCAGCACUGUCAGGCCGUGAUGAACGCCUGCAGCUACGACUCCAUCCUGGCUCUGGUGUGUAAGGAGUCUGGUCAGGGCAAACCGGACCUACACCUGUUCCAGUGCGACGACAUCAAGGCCAAUUUGAUCCACAUGGACAUCGAGAGCGCCGUCAGCGACAGCAAGGGCGGGAAGGUCAAGAAGCGUCCAGAGGUGCUGAAAAUGAUCCUAAAGAGUGACGGGACCAUCCCUCCGCCCCCAGGAGGCCCCGCCCCCGAGCUUCCAGCAGCUGUCAAUCAAACGGAUGGCAAGAGCCGAGUGGCCAGUUGGACUCCGUGGACCAAUGAGCAGCAGGAGGAUGAUCCACAGAGACAUUACACAGAGCUGGAUGGCUCUCCUGGGAUGAGCGCAUCGCAAGUGGACAGAGAUGUGCAAAUCCUAAAUCACAUUCUGGACGACAUCGAACACUUCGUCACCAAACUGCAGAAAGCCGCCGAGGCCUUUAACGAUCUCUCAAAACGCAAGAAAACCAAGAAGAGCAAAAAGAAAGGACCCGGAGAGGGAGUUUUGACGCUGAGAGCUAAACCUCCAUCUCAGGACGAGUUUAUCGACUGCUUCCAGAAGUUCAAACAUGCCUUCAACCUGCUGGGGAAGUUGAAGAACCACAUUCAGAACCCUAGUGCUGUGGAUCUGGUCCACUUCCUGUUCAAUCCUCUCAGACUGGUGAUCCAGACGUCUGGAGGAGUGGAUCUGGCUAAAAGCGUGAUCGUUCCUCUCCUCACCAGAGAAGCCAUUGACUUCCUGCACGCGGCGGGUUCGGCGGAGGAGAGACACUUGUGGGUCACGCUGGGAGACGGAUGGACCAAAUGCAGGUUGGAGUGGCCAAAGGAUCACCCGUUUCCUCCGCACACGCUGUGUUUCCGGGACGGCUGGGAGCCGCCGGUGCUGGUGUCUCGUGAGCAGGACGUGGCUCAGCUGGCAGAGACGCUCGGUGCGGCUCAGAGACCCGUGGACAGACCUCCGCUCGACCAGCCGCUGGUUCAGGACUUCCCCGGUGCAGACGGGUACGGCUACAAACACACCUCUUACAAGCGCUUGCACCUGCUGGAGCCGGACACGGCCGUGGCUGCUUUUAAACACGCGGUCAGCCGUCAUGUAGAUAGGAACCCAGAGGCUCUCAGCCGGACGCAGAGGAACUUCGCCAAAUCCAGAUACGACUUUGUGGCCAGAAACAACACUGAACUGUCUGUGAUGAAAGACGAGGUGGUGGAGGUGCUGGAUGACAGGAAGCAGUGGUGGAAGGUGCAAAACAGCUCGGGGGCUAUGGGAUAUGUGCCAAACAACAUCUUGGAGAUCAGCAGGGCAGUGGACAUGACGGGCCGCGGAGAGCCCAUCUACAGCCACACCAUACAGAAGCAGCGCUCAGAUUAUGUGCCCAAACCAGCGGUGACUGAAGCCCCACCCACCCCAGUGGCCCCGCCUCCUCCCGCCCCUCUGCAGAUCCCCACCCCGCCACUGCUGCCCGCAUCCACCCAAAAACAGGACACACCAGCGGCCAACGGCCAGCAACAAAACGACAGCGACGGCGUGACCAUGAGAGAUCAUCAGAGAGAGAGACCCGCGCCCGCCAGCCGCCGGAAGUCCAACAUGGAGGAGGUUCAGGACGAGCUGAUGCACAGACUGACUCUGGGCCGCAGCGCUCAGAAGAAGUUACAGGCUCCGUCUCGCUCCUCCAGCCUGCCGGCGGUCAACAUCACCUUCGACUCCACGCCGGACGACGUCAAGGCCUGGCUGCAGCUCAAAGGCUUCAGCGAAGCGACUAUCAACAGUCUGGGAGUGCUGACCGGCGCUCAGCUCUUCUCUCUGAACAAAGACGAGCUGAAGACCGUUUGUCCUGAUGACGGAGCUCGGGUCUACAGCCAGAUCGCCGUCCAGAAAGCUGCUCUCGAGAGGAACGCCGCCUCGGAGCUGCAGGAGAUCAUGAGGAGACGACAGGAGAAGCUGGCCUCGGCGGCCGCGAGUGACUCCGGCGUGGAGUCCUUCGAUGAGGGGAGCAACCACUGACCCCUCUCUGACCUCUGUGACCUCUGACCUUUUACAGGACGCCGCGGAGCGCGCUCAGUUUGCUGCCGUGAUGCGCCGUCGUCAAGAGCUCUUGGACCCGUCUGAUAACGGAACCGGAUCGGACGUGGACGAACACUUUUGAAAAGGCUUUUUUUUUUACGUUGUUGCAGCGUUCUUUGUAGGUUCCUGUGAGAACGUCAGAGCAGUGUGUAGUCUAGUGCCAUCGAGUUCUGCCUUCAUAGUCCAACAUCCUGGGAAAAUUCAUAUAUAUAUAUAUAUAUGCAGUCAUAUUGUACUUUUACUGCUUGGACAGAAGACAUCUGUUAAUAUUCCCGCAGGAUUGACUGGGUCUUGGACCAAAUAUCAUUUACUCUUGUUCCUCACAGACACUUUUGUAUUUAUCAGCUGCUUUGAAUGUAUGGGGAGAUGUAUGGGUAAUUAGUUUACUAGCAAACAGAAGCUAGUUUUGUACUGCCAAAAAAAAAAAAAAAGCUUUAUGGAAAUGAAAUGUCCGUUUCUGUAAAUCUGACGUUUGUUGCAUGGAUUAUUUGAGCUUCACAAGAACAUGUGACCGGUUUUGGGCCAAAAUCCUCUUGUUCCUCUCUCUCUCUGUAGAUCUCAUUCUAAUGAUGAUAUACUGAUGCCACCAGACCUUCUGAAAUAUAAAUGACUUCUCGUAAGCAUUGAUGAUUUUUUUCUCUGUCCCAGUAAUGUGACUGAUGUUUGGCCAAAUCAAUCUCUGGGUUCAAGGUUUCUGUUUAAACACGAAUGUAAAUAUAAAGUGUGUGCUGAAUAAACAGAAUCACGUGACCUUUG